AAAAAGAAACAACAGAAAAAAAAGACGCAGCUAAAAUUCAAUGUGGAUUGUACUCAUCCAGUUGAAGAUGGAAUUAUGGACGUUGCCAACUUUGUAAGUAUUAGUCAACUAUAUACUGAUAAAGGCUGCCCAGAUACUAUAAAUGUGUUUGAUUUGUUGCCCAUAGACAAAAGUUUGCAUACAUUGUGACAUUGUGGCCUUCUCAAAGCUAAGGUGUCCCAGAAAAUACGUUAUUGUACAAAGAAUUGGUUGGUGUAUAUAGCUGAUUCAAUAAAGGUUGCUUUCAGCGUUGGGAAUUGGUAAUUGGGCUUUAGGCAUUUGUGCAUACAGAACAAUGCAAUGAUUCCCCUGAGUGACCACAAGACAGUAGCUUCCUAGUGCCAAAUUUCCAAUGCCUAAGGCAGCCUUUGUUGAAUCAGCUAUAUGUUGUGGUUCAAUUUUAUCCUUGCAUUAAAGUUAUUUUCCAUUGUCUUUGGGUAUAGUAAUGUAUGAUAAUGAGUGUAAAACAAUACAACAUAAAAUUUUCAACUAGGAUAAAAUUGAUAGCAUAUAAUUAUGCAUAGUGGAAGUGUUGUGGAAGACAUUUAAGUAAAUUUUCAUCUCAGUGGUCAAGAUUUCAUGUCUUCAGACUUGACUAUAAAUCACUUUUAUAGGGAGUUUACUUUUUAUCGGAGAUGACUAAUCUGAUUUGAUACAAAUAACAAAGAAGACUAUAACACCCAGGCUACUGUAGCGUACAGUAAGGUUAUUAUUGAGCGUAAGCAAUGAAUACGGCGAUGGCAACAGGAACGAAAAAAGAACAAUAGGUUUCAAUUUGCAAAACAACAACUUUGCAUGUGCAUCAUGCUUUUCAUGCUGCACAACUGUGAUGUGAGUGUGCGUAAUUUCAUGUUUUGUAGAGGGCAUGAACUCAAGACAACAACUUUGUUUUUCUUUUCCUGAACUUUGAUACAGUCUUGUAGAAUUCAACUUCAGAAGAAUUUGCCAACAUAUUUGUUGAAGUGAAGAGUUGGAAUAAGCUCUAUGAAGUUUGAAGCAGUGCGACUUCACUUUGUAAUAGGCAUAUUUUCAGGGUUUGUACACAUCUUGACAACCCUCGAACUUUCAGAACCCAUUUUCAAGGCGGUAAUAAUCAUUAAUUGGAAAGGUCUUCUGUUUUUUGUGAUUCUAGAAAACCCGUUUACUGUAGAUUUUGUUGUACUAAACCUUAGCUUCUACACUUAAACAUAUUAUUUAAAGGUUCUUGAAAUUCCUUGAAUUUGUAUGGAAAUUUUUGUUUUCAUGUUUGUUGCAAAUUUGGUAUGAAACUCCAGCAUUUUGCUGCAUCUACAGCUGUACAGCAUGUCCUACUUAGGGCUGUCAUUAAGGUCCAGGGUUGGGACCAGGAAUUUCCUCUGGCUACUGUGAAGGUGAGCCGGUGCUAGAAGAAAAAGAGAACCAGCAGAAGUUUGUAGCUGUUUGAUUCCCUGCCCACUUAUUGUAAUAAACUCAUGAAUCUUAGUGACAGCCCUAGCCACUGAAUCUUAUUGUGUGGUUAAGAUUCUCAUUCAGCAGAGAUGUACAUGUACUUUUCCUGAUCACUGCAUACAAUGCUUAGGGCCACCUUCCCUAAGUAUCGCUUGGCAUUAUUUUUCACAGGAACAAUUUCUUCAUGAAAGGAUAAAAGUUGGUGGUAAGACCAACAACUUUGGCAAUGAGCUGUCCAUUGAGCGCCAGAAGAAUAAGAUAACUGUUGUGUCAGACAUCCCAUUCUCCAAAAGGUAACAAUACAAUGUAAUACAGUUUGGGAACUAUGAGGGGUAUCUUACUAAACACCUUUGGGGUUCAUAGAUGUACUGGAAGUUGCAGACCAAGUCUCUUUUGUCUGGAGUUUUUACUCAUGCUUAAAGAUCCAAGAGGUGAAAAGGAAGGUUACUGUCUAACAGUUGUGACUGGAAGGGAGGUUACUGUAAAAAUAAUAGGUUAUGUCUAUGGGUGGUUGAGAACUGACAGUGUGGGUACCUGAACCAGGAUGCUUGGAAGAACAGUAUCAAAUCACAACAUCUAACAUCUUUUUGAAAGCGUAAGGUACAAUGUAUUUUGCAAACGGACCAUUAACAUUCAAGUAUUUCAGCAGUGCAACCCUAAAAAUUUAGAAUCGCUAGAAGCUUUACUGACCUUUCCAGAAACUGCUCUGUUUUGUGAUUGGCCUUUUUCUAUCCAGAUUUUUGUGAAUACAUACAGCUGUAACUUGAAAAAACAACACAGGGGAUACAUGGUUCACAAAGUAUUUCCGCUUCCAUAUUUAAUGAUUUUUGUAGGGGUGAGGUUGCUCUCUUUGUAGGAUUUGAGGAAAAGUGUUGGUUGGGAUUUACUUUAUUCGCAGCCAUUAUUUGUGUGGUUGUGCAAGGACAUAGGAGUGUAUGGCAACACAAGACUAGCAAAAAGAUGGGAAUAACAAUGAGCAUUAUCAUUAUAAAUAUCAACGUUUUGAUUCAAUCGCAGUUUAAUAUUAGGUUUGUAAAAAGACAUUGUACAAGACACAAAUAUUUUGAAACUUGAAUUUUCACUCUCUAAUGUAUCUAAAAAAAUCAUUCUCAAGCGAUUCAGAAAUUCGCAAGAGUUUGGAUUGAUACUAAUCAAUCAGAAAAGUGGACAGUUACCCCAGGGGUAAGGAAAGUUCAAACAGUUUAUAAAACUGCUACAGUUGUUGAAUAUUUUGAUGUUAUUGGUCUGUAUGCAAAAAAAAUUGAGAAUUUUCUGUUUUCAAAAAGCACAUUGUGGUUGGAUAAUCUUCUCCCAAAUGCCCUGGUUCAAGUAUCUGUACUGUAGGUUGGUCAUAGUAUGUUAACAUGCGCUGCAUUGAAAAAUCUUGACUCACUUGUGUAAACACUUUUCUUGUUCAUUGCAUCUCCAAGGUAAUCACUUACCUUACAAUGAGCAAGGAACUUUCUCCUCUCUACCUUGUCAUUGCGAGUGGUGCAUAUCAGGCACCAGUUUUUGGUUAACACAUUACAGUGUCUCAGCCUUUCUUCAAUUGAUCGCAGCAUAUGGGUAUAACAAUGCCUUUCAAUUGAUAUUUGCUGGUAUAAAUAAUGCUGGGAGCAUUUCGUGAACAGCGGACUUAAAAUUUGACACAACCUCACUUACUCUUGAAUAAAGGAUGUAAAAUAUCACACUUGACUUAAUGCAAGAGUUUGGCCACUCAGUGUAAGCUCUAAUAGCAGCCUGCAUAGGGAUAGAGGUGUUCACAUGUAAAUUCUCCUGGCUUAUCUCAAUAUCUUCCUAAACGAAUUGCUUGAGAGAAUUUGUUAAAAGAUCAAAGCCUUUACCUUGUUUGAUCAUUUUUCUAAUUCUCAUACCUUUUCUGUUGUUAAUGAAUAGAUAUUGUUGCAGCAGCAAGGAAAUAAAUUAUUGAUGUUGGUCAGUCUUGGGACUUGGGAUAAAGAAUUCUUAUAAGAGAGAGUUAAGUGUAUUCUCAAGCUAUUUUUGUGUCACCUCAGGUAUCUGAAGUAUCUCACUAAGAAGUACCUGAAGAAGAACAACUUGCGUGACUGGCUGCGAGUGGUAUCCUCAGCGCAGAACACGUAUGAGCUGCGGUACUUCCAAAUCAAUAAUGAGGACGAAGAUGAGGAGGGAGAAGAUGAAUCUUAA